AUGGCACAGGAACAGUUUACUCCUGAAGAGGUUAAGGAAUAUUUAGCUCGUAUUCAUUAUAAUAUAUAUAUAUAUAUAUAUAUAUUUUUUUUUUUUUCCCAGCAUACUGAACUGAGGACGUUCGGAAAUCGAACGCAAUCCAUAGAGUUGGGUGAUCAAAUGAAUCGAACUCUAUCGAGCACAAUCUAAUGGUUCCGUGGAUAAAUUCGCUUGAGCAACACCAGUUUAGCAUCUAAGAGCUCCAACGCUCUGAUAAACCGAGACGAAAAAGGAGAGCCCAUCAUUUAUCUCGUCCUUUUAUUUACUGAUUAUUCAAUUAAAUUCACCGCUUCGGCUCUACGUGUUGUUGAGUUGUAAUCUUUAAAAUAGCUGGGACUUAAACAAAUUGGAAGCCAAGAGAAGGGGAGGGCUUCUGAAAACAUAGGCAUGCUAGGCAUGCAAAUGUUUUUUUUAAUAGUGGGCGGUUUGAGAUAGGAAACUUUGAGUUUAAUUAAAUUUUGUGACAGAAAAAGAGUAUUUACUUUCAAAGUCUCCAACAAAAGUACCAUUCGAUGGAAAGUAAAAAAGACCCUUCGAAUUUAUAUGAAAUAAACUAAGACACUGGUAUUUUGUGAUCUGUUUUCACUGUUGUCUGAACAAUUUUAAGCGGAGAUAAACUGCUUUGGUGCCACGGUUACUGUAGUCUUGUCACGCAACACACUCUCUCGAGAACGCGCUUCGGUAAAGCGUUUCUAAUUUUAUCGCAGAGUGUAAACCGAACUCCAUUUUAUCCUCAAGACAUCCUAACCAAAGAUAUUUCGCGGUCUCCGUUUUUCGAAGAAGUUAAAAUUCAUUAAAAGAUGACAAAAGAAUCAUAUUCCAAAGGCUCUCAGGAGGACAUUAAAACGGGGGGGGCUGUCCUGGUGUACCGGUACACGAGGGAAUUCCUUUUGUUUUCAUAACCAUACAUGGAGUUAUGACGCAGUUCGUUAAUGUUUCCUUCCUUUGUGUACCGGUACACGAGGACACAACCAAACGGGGGCACUAAAGCUAAAACUCAGCAAUGAAAAAAAAAAAAAUAAUAAUGAUGCUUCUGCACAAGUUAAAGAACAAAAUAUUCUUCCACUUCCGUGUAAGUUAAUAAGUGCCUGCUGCCAGUUCGGAGCGACUGGCUGUCCCGUUCGAGUGAGAGCGUGAAAUUGACAAGCGCAAGACGUCACGCACUUCGAUCACACAACACUUGGCUCAUGUAACAAUGGCGGAUGAGUUUCAUGCUUUGACCGCAAACGAAGUAGAGGAAUAUUUAGCUCGUAUUCACUUUACAGGCCCAAUAGAACCAACUCUUGACAUUCUUAAGGACCUGCAAAAAUGUCAUAUUUUAUCAGUUCCCUUUGAGAACUUAAGUGUGUUCGGAAAGGAGGAAAUAGUUCUCUCCAAAGAUUGGUUGUUCGACAAAGUCGUUCAAAGACAUCGCGGCGGGUAUUGCUAUGAACUUAACUCGAGUUUUUCGUUACUUCUUGAUCAUUUUGGGUACAGCUACGGAAGAAAAUCUGCUGCGGUCUACAGCCGCAAAUCGGGGCUUAUAGGAUCAUCGAUUGAUCACUUGAUAAACGUCAUAAACAUUGGAGAUGAAAUGUGGUUGAGUGAUGUCGGUUUUGGAGAUUCGUUUCUAACUCCUCUCCUCAUCGACUGCUCUGCAGAUGAACAGGAACAACAAAGUGGGACGUACCGUAUUAGGAAAGAUGGCGAUCAAUAUUUCUACGAAGAGAAAGUGAAAACCAUCGUUGACGAGUUUGGUAACGAAGAAAAAGCAAAGGAGAAAUUUAUCACCGAAGCUGAAUGGGCUAUCAGGUACAGGUUUGACCUGACUCCUAGGAAAAUAGAAGACUUCCAUGAAAGGCUUAUUUAUCAUCAAACAGACCCUAAGUCUCCGUUUACCCACGAUCGCAUAUGCACCUUGGCAAAACCUUGGGGAAGGUUAACCCUUUCAGGGAACAAACUGAUAACUUCAACCUAUCUGGGAGACAACAAAGUCAAGAAAGAGACCGAGGAACUCAGUGGAGAGGAAGAGAUUGUAAACGAACUAGCACAGAAGUUUGGAAUAAGAAAAGAAUCUUGUUUAUACCCUGAAGGAUCCAUGUAUCACGGAUUAGAACUGAAAUGA